GCCCUCGAUCCACGGAGUCCAUCAUGCUGCACCUCCCUUUGAAGGCAUCUCUCUGGCUCCUCAUCCUCACCAGUCUGCUGCAAGGAACGUCUGGGGGCAGCGGGCUGCGCGUAGAACCUGGAGACACUGAGCUCGUCCUCGACCUUCACAGCAGCUUCUCCCUCUUGUGCUAUGGGGACAGGGAGCUGGUCUGGGAGCGGGAGGGUCAGCCCCUGGCUGCCUCACUGGAGAAGAGGGACGGUGUCUUCAUCAGCAACCUCACCCUCAGCAACGUGACGGGCCGGCAGACGGGCGAGUACGCCUGCACCUACAGCCCCCAGCAGGCUGCAGAGCCCCUCGAGAGGAAAGCUCUCUACGUCUACGUCCCAGAUCCCUCCCUAGUCUUCCUCCCCACAAUCACCUCUGAAGAGCUCUUCAUCUUCAUCACGGGCUACACGGAGGCCAUCAUCCCAUGCCGGGUGACCAACCCACAGAUGCAGGUGACCCUCUAUGAGAAGAAGGUGGAAAACCCUAUCCCAGCUGCUUAUGACCCACAGCAGGGAUUCAGAGGCUUCUUUGAGGACAAGACCUAUUUCUGCCGGGCGGUUGUGGAUGACCAGGAGGUGGAUUCAGACACUUUCUAUGUCUACAGGAUCCAGGUCUCAUCUGUGAACGUCUCCAUCAGCGCGGUGCAGACCAUGGUGCGCCAGGGAGAGAACAUCACCUUGAUGUGCACCGUGAGCGGCAACGAGCUGGUCAACUUCAACUGGGAUUACCCCCGCAAGCAGGCAGGGAAGACUGUGGAGCCGGUGACCGACUUCCUGCCUGGAUCCACCCACGAGAUCCGCUCCAUCCUCAUCAUCCAGAACGCAGAGCUGGAGGACAGUGGCACCUAUGUCUGCAAUGUCUCUGAGGGCUACCAUGAGAAAACAGACCGGAAGGACAUCGCAGUCCACGUCAUUGAGCGUGGCUUUGUGCGCUUCCACACCAACCUGCCCAGCACAGUGUAUGCUGAGGUGCACAAGAGCCACACCAUCCAGGUGGAGGUGGAGGCAUACCCACAACCCAGCAUUGUGUGGCUGAAGAACAACAAGACUCUGACCAUGGAGAGCAGCAGUGAGUUCACCAUCACCAGCAGGAACCUGUCUGAAACUAGGUACCAAACAGCUCUGGUGCUGGUGCGGGUGAAGCAGGAGGAAGGAGGAUUUUACACCAUCCGAGCUUCCAACGAGGAUGAUGAGCAGGAGCUCUCUUUCCACCUGCAGAUAAAUGUGCCAGCCAAAGUGGUGGAUCUCAAGGAGAACAGCAGUGCCAGCAGCGGGGAGCAGACAGUGACAUGCUCUGCUGAAGGCAUGCCCCAGCCAGAGAUCAGCUGGUCUGCAUGCAGUGACAUCAAAGGGUGCAGCAGCGAGGGGCAGCCCAGGCGGCUGCUGGGGAACGAGUCUGCGGAGAUCGGGCUGCAGACCAACGCCUCCUACCACAGCGAGCUGCAGCUGUACCGAGUCAGAAGCACCCUGCAGCUGCACGGCCUGGACCAGCCCCUGCUCCUCAGGUGCUCCGUGCACAACGCCCUGGGCAGCAGCUCGCAGGACAUCACGCUGGUGCCGCACGCCUUGCCAUUCAAGGUGCUCAUCAUCUCCGUCAUCCUGGCCCUGCUGGUCCUCACUGUCAUCUCCCUCAUCAUCCUGAUCGUCUUGUGGCAGAAGAAGCCUCGCUAUGAGAUCCGCUGGAAGGUGAUCGAGUCGGUCAGCUCCGACGGGCACGAGUACAUCUACGUGGAUCCCAUGCAGCUCCCCUAUGACUCCAGCUGGGAGGUGCCCAGGGACAAGCUGGUGUUAGGACGCACUCUCGGCUCCGGGGCCUUCGGACGCGUGGUGGAGGCAACGGCUCACGGUCUGAGUCAUUCACAGUCCACCAUGAAAGUGGCAGUCAAGAUGCUCAAGUCCACAGCCCGAAGCAGCGAGAAGCAAGCCCUCAUGUCCGAGCUGAAGAUCAUGAGCCACCUGGGGCCUCACCUCAACAUUGUCAACUUGCUGGGGGCCUGCACCAAAGGAGGGCCCAUCUACAUCAUCACGGAGUACUGCCGCUACGGCGACCUGGUGGACUACCUGCACCGCAACAAGCACACCUUCCUGCAGUCCUGUGGGGAGAAGGCUCGCAGGGACACGGAGCUCUAUGGCAACACCCCCAAGCAGGACCACGGCCAGAGCCACCUCUCCUUGUCUGUCGAGAGCGAUGGGGGCUACAUGGACAUGAGCAAGGAUGACUCCCUGGAUUAUGUGCCCAUGUCUGACAUGAAGGGGGAAGUCAAGUAUGCUGACAUUGACUCCUCCAACUAUGGCACCCCCUACGAGCUGGACAGCUAUGCCCCGUCAGCUCCCGACAGAACAGACAGGAUGACGCUGAUCAAUGAGUCUCCACUCCUCAGCUACAUGGACUUGGUGGGCUUCAGCUUCCAGGUGGCCAAUGGGAUGGAGUUCCUGGCUUCCAAAAACUGUGUGCAUCGUGACCUGGCUGCCAGGAACGUGCUCAUCUGUGAGGGGAAGCUGGUGAAGAUCUGCGACUUUGGCCUGGCGAGGGACAUCAUGAGGGACUCCAACUACAUCUCCAAAGGCAGUACCUUCUUGCCCCUGAAGUGGAUGGCUCCAGAGAGCAUCUUCAACAACCUCUACACCACCCUGAGCGAUGUGUGGUCCUUUGGGAUUCUCCUCUGGGAGAUAUUCACUCUAGGGGGGACUCCCUACCCUGAGCUGCCUAUGAACGAACAGUUCUACAACGCCAUCAAGCGUGGCUAUCGGAUGGCCAAACCCACCCAUGCCUCUGAGGAAAUCUAUGACAUCAUGCAGAAGUGCUGGGAGGAGAAGUUUGAGACCAGGCCGUCCUUCUCGCAGCUGGUGGUGCUGAUGGGAAACCUCCUGGUGGACUGCUACAGGAAGAGGUACCAGCAGGUGGAUGAAGAGUUCAUGAAGAGCGACCACCCCGCGGUCGUCCGCACAAGACCCAUCCUCCCCGGGCUGAACAACGCCAGGCUCCACGCCAGCGCCCCCAGCAGCAGCAUCCUCUACACGGCUGUGCACCAGGAUGGGGGCGAGAACGACUACAUCAUCCCUCUGCCCGACCCCAAACCCGAGGCAAGCUGCGAGCUCCCGCAGGAGCCCUCCGCCAGCCGCGCCAGCUCUGUGCUGAAUGAGGCCAACACAUCAUCUACAAUAUCCUGUGACAGCCCUCUGGGCCUCCAGCAGGACGAGGAGCAGGAACCUGACCCACAGCCAGGCUGCCAGGAGCCAACCACAGGGCACCAAGAGGUGGAGGAGAGCUUUCUGUAGUCAGAGAUGGGCUGACUCUGCAUUUCCCUAUGGAGAGGCCAGCUGAGGGGCUGACCCAGACAUCACAGAGAGCCAUGCCUUGCACUUGUACAUCAGGACAUCCUCACCCGUCCCAGCGUCCCUCCUUCCCUCCUGCCUCCCGCUGCUGGCUGGGGAGUCAAAGGCUUUUCCUUAUUGCCAUCCCCUUUCCCUUUACAAAGAGGUGGCUCAGUGCCAGCAGCCUUCCAGAUCACUGCCACAUCCUCCUGGGUGACCAAACCACUGCAGGAGGCAGACACCUCACAGACCAACAUCUGCUUUUCGAGUGGAAGGCGUGGGCUGGGUCUCCACCAGAGACACCACGCUCUGCAUUACUAAGAUGAUACUCCAGGCCUCUUCCCUCUCCAUGGCAAUGAGUUUCAUCUCCUCUGCACCAGCACUUCUCUGAUGGUCUCAGCACCAGCCACACCAUGGCUCUGUGAAAUGCCCCCAGGACAGGUGAUUUACUUGGAGCCCAUUGCUGGGGUGCAGAGAACCUGCAACGCCAGCCUUCAGCUGCUGGAGGUGAAGAGCACAUUGGGUAGGUUCUCCAAGCACAGGCAAGUCCUGGAGAGCCCAGCCAGCCUCUCAGAGACACUCAAUCACCUUUCUUGGCACCUCUUCUGUGGUGGAUAGAGCAUCACAAGCACUACAGGUACCCAUGGCUCUGGGGCAUGACCCUGCACCCACCUAGAGGGGCUGUCAGGCCCUGGACCCUUUUGUGCCAAGCACAACACCAGGAGCCCCAAGGGUGUGCUUAGGAGCUCCAAAUGCUCUCACAAUGACUCUGUUGUAGCAGCAAAGAGGGCAGUCCAGUGCUGUUUGUGUGGACACUAAGCUAAUUAUUCUCCAUUGAAGAUUUAAAGGGAACAAACAUAUUAAUCCAGUAGCCAGGGCCAGUAUAUGGAAGCAGCAUGGCUGUUCAUUAAUCCACUGCCACUAAGCCCAGCUCAUCUGCUGGGGGGUGAUAUCACCCCACCAGCUGCCUUCCCCUUGGGGAGCCAGGGCUCCCAACCACCCUUUCUCAGGAUGGAAGGUCUCACCAGCUCCCUUCCUGAGUCCUAGCAAAACUAUGGGGAGCACUAAGGAUCCCAACACACCAACCCAGGGACAUCUCAAAAGAGAGAGGGAGAGAAGCUGGGAAGCAGCUUGGUCACAGCUGAACUGUGUCUCACACCUUGCCACUUUGCUGGGGCCACACAGAGCCCCUUGCAGCCUGUGAGGGCUGGGGGUGAGGUGCCACCAGGAGCCAAGCAAAGCCAGAGGAACCAGGGAGGAUUCCUCUCUCUUGGAAGAUGUUUUGAAGAAUAAAAAGGCAGAGACAAUCCUCCUGCUUGCCACCUCCUUCCUCCUUCCUCACAGGCUGGCCUGGGACUUCUUGUGCCCUCACUUGGCACUUGAAGGAGGAGGCUGAAAGCAGGAGGCACACCAGGCUCCGGACAGCGGUUGUGAACCCACCUCUGCAGAGGUGAAAGCUGGACCCCAGAACCUGCAGGCCUGCCACCACCAGCAGGG